AUGGCCUCUAUUAACUUCGCUGCCGGCAGCAAUGUCAACGAUAUCCUCAUGUUUGGUAGAUACUGCCAAAGGAUCCUAGCCAUGGAACCGGGCAGCGUCUACGGGAUGAAGCCUCUAAAGCCUGAGGAGGCAGCAUCUAUCAGCGGGACUGCGGCUUACGACGACUCGACUGCGGCGGUAGUCUGUAAGGAGAGGCUGGACCUCGGGCUUGACUACUACUACGCAGUCAAGCAACAGAUAAUGUCGCUUCUUCGGGUAUGGGAUGCUAUACUGGACGAAAAACGCCGCUACGAUACGGUGGGCUGGCUAGAAAGGAGCCGUACAUUCAUGGAUUCCUUCCAGCUUUGUUCGUACCUGAUCCCACAGCGGGUCAGUAUCGGAUUUCUCGGCCCUGAUGUGGGCGCUCCACAGCUUGGACCGCAGAACACCAUUCCGGCAUCAAGCUCUCAGGCCUCCUACUAUUCUACUACGUCAACUAUCGUCAAUACGCCCACGGACUGGGCUGACUAUGAGAACUCCAUGUAUGAUUCUGGCUAUGGAGGGGGAAGCCCCUCCGGGACUGAGGAAUACCCAGAGGGCCUUGCAAUCUCGCCAACUGCCUCGAACGAUAGCUUCGAGAAUGGUGAUUUCGGAGAUGGGGGGGGCCGAGAUCGUCAUAAUUUCUAG